AUGCAUUACAAUUCGUUUAAUUGCAAACAGAAUAUUUUGGAGUAUUACACCUGCCAUGGAGGUGUCAACCAGUUGGGAGGUGUUUUCGUGAACGGUCGACCGUUGCCUGAUCUUGUUAGACAGCGUAUUGUGGAAUUGGCGCACAAUGGCAUUCGACCGUGUGAUAUUUCACGUCAACUACGUGUUAGUCAUGGCUGCGUUUCUAAAAUCCUGUCCAGGUAUUACGAAACUGGCAGCUUCAAAGCUGGAGUCAUCGGUGGCUCGAAACCUAAAGUCGCAACACCUCCGGUUGUGGAAGCGAUCGCGGCCUACAAGUUGCAGAAUCCAACUAUGUUUGCGUGGGAAAUUCGGGACAAACUGCUUGCGGACGGGAUCUGCGUCCAUGAUAAUGUACCGAGCGUGUCUUCCAUCAAUCGCAUUGUGCGAAACAAGGCAGCAGAAAAGGCUAAAUAUAGUUCACAGCGAUCUGACAACACUAGUCUUGAAAGUCCACGGAUUCUUUCGCGAAACAACCAGCACCAACAUAAUCAACAACAACAGCAACAGGAAUGUUUAAGCCAGCAAUUGCAAGGAGACCAGGAAUCGAUGAAGUCGCCGCAACACCAACAAGCUGAAAAUGUUGCUUCACAAUCAUAUAGCAUUAGCGGGUUACUCGGGCUGUCACAAAAACCCUUGUCCGGAUCGAACUCCAAAAGACGUCGCAUUAAAGAAGAACCAGACCAAAAAGGUACAAUGUUAAGCUGUAUUAAGCGCGACAAGGAUGUUAAGGAAUUAUCGGAAGGACUGCUUCACGAUGUUGGUAUAAAGCAAACUACGCCCAGUCAAGACCCCCAGCAGGAUAAAAGUCACGAUUUGUUUAGCGGUGGUGUAGACUUUGUUAGUUCCCUAACAAUGACGCAGGACGAUAGUCCUGAUCAGCAACAGCAACCCAGCAGCAGUUUUGGCAGCUCACGCAGUGGAGGUCGCGGGGCGACUGGCACUUUAAUACACAGUCCAUUACGAACGCGUGAUAGUGCCUUGUUUAUGAUAGCUGCUGGUAGUGGGGGUGAGAAAUCUACUAAAUAUCACCGCACAGAUGAACCUAUUUCAGCAGGUGUUAUCGUCGAGGACGACAGUAGUUCUCGGAAACAUCAGCAACAGCAACAACAGCAACAGAUCCAACAUCAGGUACAUCAACAACCGAGUGACGUAAAAGCGGCAUAUGAAAAAAUCAUCAUUGGUGAUUUGGUGGCAGUGACAAGCACGGUAGUGAAACGAACGGCUCCAGCUGAGACGCCCACACUUACGCAAUCGAUGGAGUUUCUGAGUGAUAUGAACAACAACAUCACCCAGAACCAGCAUCAAAAUUUUGCUUCUGCUGCUUACGACGGAGCAUAUAGCUCGGCUGAAUCGGCAGAAACCGCCGUCCAUCUUAACCCACACCUGGCGGCUUGCUCUUCCAACUACUCGGCCUUUUUGCAAAAUUCCGACCAGUUUACAGCGGCUGCCAAUACGGAACUCAUUUUUCCUACUGCUACCUAUACGCAGUAUACGACGGCUUCUGGGUAUGGUUCAUUUAACUAUAACUCUACUUUCGCGAAUAACAAUCUGUGCCGAGACCUUGGUCAGAUUCAUUAUCCUGAGGAGCAAUAGCUGAACUACUUAUGAAGACAAUGGAUAGUUAGUUAGAGAAAGAGAUAGGUGGCGUGGCGGAAAAAGGAGAAGGGCGUGGUAGGUAGUUGUAGUAAUAAAGUUAGAGUGAGAACGAGAAAGACAGCCAGUGAAAGGAUCAUUUAUAUUUCAAACGUUCGCAGCAAUCAUAUCUUCUCACGUAAGCACUCAAAGAAUCGUGAACAAUAACGCCUUCAGGUGUUUAUGAAAUCUGUUGUAUUUUCUACCAUUUUAAUCACAAAUUCAAGUCUUUACCUGAAAAAUAAAUUACAUACUUUA